AAAUGUGAUAGAACAGUAAAAGCAAAACAAAAAGACAACACGGCCGCAUAGAAGAAAAAUUAAAAUUUUUAAAAAAGAAUUCAAGUCUGAUUUUCUAUAAUUUCUAACAAAAUGUUGAAAAUGAAAACAGCUAAAACCCUAAAGAAAACACCACCAAUUAUUACUGCACCUCCUGUUCGUGAUUUAGAUGCAGAAUCUCAGUUCCAAUUGGAAUUAUAUUGGUGUGUUCAACAACUUGAGGUAGCAAUUGCAAAUGCAAAAGUUAAUAAACAAAGAGAAGACAUGUCGAAAAGUCUUAAAACCCUGAAAAGCAGCACUGCCCCAGUUGUCAAGAAGCGACAAAUAAUGAAAGCAUCGUUUGGUGAUUAUAGAUCCAAAAUGAAGGAAGAAGAAAAGAAAUUAGCUCUCGCAACCCGUCAAAUUAAGUUUACUUCCAGUACUGAUGCACAAAACAAAUCAAGCUUUGUUAAAAAAGCAGCUAUACUAACUUCUGGGAAGGAUUUUAAGUUUAACUUUAAUCCUGAUACAUCAUCGGUCGAUACCCAAGCCACUGAGAAGGAGACAAAGGAAAAUGAAUCAGUUGCCACGACCACUGCUCCCGUAGCAAAUAAUAUUAAUUUUUCAUCUGGUGGCGGAUUCAAAUUUAAUUUUGAUAUCGAAAGUAACAAUGAACAUAUUGAUUUUGAAAAAUUGUCUAUUAAAAGUUGAAUGGAAAAAUAUCUUCAUAAAAACUCGUUAUUAAAAUUUAUUCCUAUGAUUACAUACAAAAUAUACUUUUUCUACAAAG